UGAACAUUAAGCGGAGCAGACCAAAAUCCCAAACAAGGAAAUGGUGGGGGAAUAAACCGACCAGAUUAUUUAAUUAAUGCAUGUAAUAAUUAAUAUUUUAUUUUAUUUUAAAUUACGACGUAUUUAUGGGUUGGAAUGGAUUACGACUUCAAAACAAAGCUGGCUGCCGAGAGAGAGAGAGUAGAAGAUCUGUUCGAAUAUGAAGGUUGCAAAGUGGGUCGAGGCACCUACGGGCACGUUUAUAAAGCUAAACGCAAAGACGGGAUAGACGAGAAGGAAUAUGCACUGAAACAGAUAGAAGGCACUGGAAUUUCAAUGUCUGCCUGUAGGGAAAUUGCUCUGUUGCGAGAAUUGAAACAUCCAAACGUGAUUGCCCUGCAGAAAGUGUUCCUGUCCCACAGUGACAGAAAGGUUUCGCUCCUGUUAGACUAUGCCGAACACGACCUUUGGCAUAUUAUCAAGUUCCAUCGUGCCUCCAAGGCCAACAAAAAGCCAAUGCAGCUGCCCCGAGGGAUGGUGAAGUCUCUCCUGUAUCAGAUUCUGGAUGGGAUCCAUUACCUCCACGUCAACUGGGUCCUCCACAGGGAUCUGAAACCAGCUAACAUCUUGGUAAUGGGAGAAGGACCUGAACGAGGAAGAGUUAAAAUUGCUGACAUGGGUUUUGCAAGACUCUUUAACUCUCCCCUCAAGCCACUGGCUGACCUUGACCCUGUGGUGGUGACGUUCUGGUAUAGGGCUCCUGAGCUACUGUUGGGGGCCCGGCACUACACCAAAGCUAUUGAUAUCUGGGCCAUCGGCUGCAUCUUCGCAGAGCUGCUAACGUCAGAGCCCAUUUUUCAUUGUCGCCAGGAAGACAUCAAGACCAGUAACCCCUUUCAUCAUGACCAGCUGGACAGGAUAUUCAGCGUCAUGGGUUACCCUGCAGAUAAAGACUGGGAAGACAUUCGCAAGAUGCCUGAAUAUCCAACACUUCAGAAAGACUUCAGAAGAACAACAUAUGCAAACAGCAGCUUGAUCAAAUACAUGGAGAAACAUAAGGUCAAACCAGAUAGCAAAGUUUUCCUGUUGCUCCAGAAACUGCUCACUAUGGACCCCACCAAAAGAAUCACAUCAGAACAAGCACUGCAGGACCCCUACUUCCUGGAGGAGCCAUUACCAACCACUGACGUGUUUGCUGGGUGCCAGAUCCCAUAUCCAAAGAGAGAGUUUCUCAAUGAAGACGAACCAGAAGAGAAAGCAGAAAAGAACCAGACGCAACAGCACCAGCAGACAACAGGCCAGACUCAGACCCAGAACCAGCAACAAAUGGCAGGCCAGCAGGCCCCAUCUCAGCAGAACUUAACCCAAACCAAUGGCACCUCCGGAGCCACAGGAGCCAACGCUGGCGUGGGUUUACAACAUGGACAGGACCAGGGCCCCCCCAAUAAAAAAACCCGUAUUGGGCCCUCUGGUACCUCUUCGGGCACCGGAGUGCUCCAGUCAGAGUACCAGCGACCGUCCACGGCCGCUCUCUCGGGGUUGAAGAAGCACGCAACGCAGGCCAGCUGGAUUCCUCGCACUCCACUUCCCGCCUUGGUUACCAAAGCAAUAUCCAAGGUCCCAAUCAGCCGCAGAGCACCAUGGGAUACACAUCGUCGUCCCAACAGAGCUCCCAGUAUUCCCACCAAACUCAUCGCUACUGAGGCUCCGGGCCCGUCUUGAACCAGCAAGAGGGGUGGACCCGCCUACUCCUCCUCUAACCUCCACAGAUGUCACCGUCGGAUGCAACCAGGAAGUGGCUCCUUCAUCCUGGUUUGACGUUUCUCACGGCAUUACAUCAUACCAGUGUUUUGAUGUAUGGUCACAUGAAGGCAUACCAAUUGGAACCAAAAAAGCAAAUACUGCCUCUCUGGGCUGGUAACACAUUUUCGUGUAAUAUAUAUGUGAAGGUGACACUCGCAUACUCCAAACUUAUGGCACUUAUGAACACAACGUUCCUCAUGAGGAAGGAUUGCAGCUCCUAUAUUUACCUGAUAUCGCACCUUUUUCUAUUUGAUCGGUGAGUUCUCGAGCUCGACGUCAGUGUCAUUACAAAUGGAGGCCGACAAAGGCGCAGGAUGGGAAGCCCAUUAGUGUCAAAUGCAAAUGAGCUUACCCUGUCCUUUUAAGUAAGUUAAAAAAAAAAAAAAAGACAUUUCAAACAGAAAGAUCAGCUUACUGGGCUGAUGAAAUUGCAGGGAAAUAUUGAAUGCGUCAUUUAACUUAAUCGUGUUCUAAUAAGGUUCCAAUCUUCGUAGCUCGAAUGUACAGAAGCAAAGUCUUUUUCCUGAAAGUUGUGUACAUCCUGAUCCACUCUGUUCAUAACAGUAACCGCUUGGCCGCAAACUGGAGGAGCGUGGGAGCGUGUUCUUGUUCCCGGGCUGCCAGUGGACACUGAUUUCUGAACUCGAGCGUGCGCAGAAACGUACAGGGCAGCUAGCAGAAAGCACCUCCCCCCCUGCCGACCCCACCUUGUUCGCUUCAUGAGACUGUUACUGACUGAUGUCAAAUAGUAUUUUUUUUUUAAAAUUUUUUUUAUUGUUACUGUUAUCGCUGCGUGUGUUGGGUUUUUGGGUGGAUGGGUGUUUUAUGGAUGUUUUCCCUUUGACUCACUAGAAAUGCACCGACUGUCGAAGUGAGCUGCAAAAGAGCAGAAACAAAUGCUCACGGGCCCGAACGUCUCAUCCUGCCCCAGCCUGUCCCUCAGGCCGAGUAUGCAGUUUGGUCGGGACUGCGUCGCGUUUCAACGAAAAACACGGGUGUGUUCUUUAGCACGACAAAAUGAGUGACAGCCAAUAAUCUCGGUACUGGUCUACUCUACUGCAUACCGGUGUGCAUUAUUAUGUAAAAGUCACAAGGCAUGUUGUUUCAAUGGGAGCCCACCCCCCUCACCCGCCCCUGUUUGCACGCCACUGCCCAUCUGGUGCUGUUGAUACAGAACAGGAACACAAACACAAAAAGGCAAGCUGUCCUUUUUUUUUUCUUUUUUUUUUUCUCUCAAGAUCCACACUACAUCUUCACGGAGAUGAAUGAAGAUGCUGCAAAAAUGCGGCCCGACAUUUGCAAGGAGCCAGCAAACGGCAGAAUAUUGCUGCAACUGCGUGCACUUUUUGCGUGGAAAUGGCCUGCUAACUGCUAGUAUGUACUUGUACACACACCAAAACAAAAAUUCAGUGCAAUGUAGAGAAUGCGUAAUGACUUUUUCCAAUCCAUUAGGAGACAUGAACAUACACGUAGUGAUUUUAUGACAUUUUUUGGGUCAAUAGACACAGGGGUUUUCUUUUUAGUUUAGCCAUUUAUCAGGGCACUCAUUUCAAUAACCCCAGAAAAGGAUGUAUGAUGAUAUUCGGGCCCAACCGAUGUGGAACUUGGGAAGCCAAUGCCGAUUCCGAUAUUUGGCAGAAUCAAAUUCCGAUAACUGAUUAAUCGGUUGAUUCAUUUAAAAAAUAUGUAGAAAAGGAGUCAAAUAACUUAAUGCUUACUAUAAUAAAGAUAUGAAUUACAGGCAGAACAUUUUGACUGUUUUACAAUACUUUGUCCUUUAGGAUUUGUUUAACUUACAAAAGAGAGAAAAUCUUAUUUUUAUUUUAUUUUAUUAUUUUUUUUGCCAGUUUCCUAUUUUUGUUAAAUCUUGGAUUGAAUGUCCUUAUCGUUGUCUCAUGUUGCAAAGUUUCAACGUGUACAAAUAAAUAAAUCUGCCGAUUUUUUUGCCAAUUUGAAAAGAGCCAAUGUCAGGCGAUUAAGUCGGUCAGCUGAUUAAUUGGUCGGGCCCAAGAUAAUUAAUCUGUAAACUUUCUCCGCUUGGUGAUGAUUGGCUUGGACAAAUCACAUGGUUCUCGUCCAUUAUAGUCGGGCGGCCAUUUCAAGCUGAAGAUCCUUAACGCGUUACAUACAGUAUUUAAUCAUAACUGGAGAAAAUGGGACCUUCCACCGUGCAUUUGUUGAAAAUACCUGCACUAGUACUAAUCAUUGAGGACUGCCCCUACUUGAUUGAUUGAUCGUGCCAUUAUCAUAAAAGUAUAUUUAUGCUUCUUUAAUCAGUAAUUUAUAUAUAUAUAUAUAUAUAUAUAUAUAUAUAUAUAUAUAUAUAUAUAUAGACUUAAAAGCUUAAUUUCAAGUUUGACUCCAUGAAUCCAGCACAAUUGUAUAUGUAUAUCCAAAUACUAUAUAGAAAUGGGCAAACACUGACACCAAGUGGACAAACGGAGAAUUGGACUUGGUUCUCUUCCACGUUCAUAGUGACGUCCCAAAAUCUGUGUAAAAAUGUAUUGUUACUCAGGUUUAGUACUGGGUCUUGACCUACAAACAACUGGGUGAUGGGUCUUACGCACUUCUAUUCAAACUGUCACUUUUGGAAAACAUUGGAUCAUUUUUCCAUUCGCACCUUUACCAACCCAGCUCAGUCGUUGAAUAUUCAAGGGGAUUGAAAACCAAUCUCCUUGGUUCAAUGUGAGUAUUGCAAGUAGUAGAGAUAGGACACUUGGUUGUCAAUUCCAACCUUACGCUGAGUAUGACUGGGAACGCGCAGUUAUGUCAGACGACAACUAUGCAAAUAUAAUUGCCAGACUCCAUCUUUUGGUCAUGCUGAGGUUUUGUGUAUAUUUUCAUCACUACAUGUGUACACUUGUCCAAAACAGCACGUGUCCCCUCUUUUUUUGUUUGUUUUUUGAAUGCAUUCUCAAUGAGAUGUUGUAAAGUGUGUGUGUAUAUAAUAUAGUAUGGAUAUGUAUACAAUCAUAUUUAUUGUGUCCAUCUAUGAAUAGUAGACAUUUAAAAAAAAAAAAAAAAAAAAAAAACUUUCCUCUGCCUUAAUACAGUAGCUAUAGAAAGGGACCUGUCAGAUAGCACAUUUGUUACUACAGUAGUUACUGAAUGUGUUAAAGCCACCUCCUUGUACAGUAGACUCAAGAUAUAACACAUUGAAUGCCACAGUGUGUUGUUGUUUUUUUGUUUUUGGUUUGUUUUUUUUUACAGAGGAGGUGUGGAUGGUGCCUUUUGUUAGUAACUCAUCAAUAUGUUAUUUUUAUUUGGAAAUGUAUGUCCUUUUGUACUCUCAUUCCUCCCCCUUUCCCUCUCGUUAUCAUAGUAGUUUGCUAUUUUUAUGAUUUUCUUUUUCCCCAUUAUUUUUUUACUGCAAAGUGGACUCUAGCUCGUUCAUAUUUAGAAAAAACUGCAUUGAGAUCUUGAUACAACUGUCAUCUUUUGAUGCCGUGUUAUUUCCCCACAUAUGAAGUGGUAAAUUCAAGUGUUUUCAAAAGGUCUUGCUUUCGACACGAUAAUGUCCUGUAGAUAUGGACACAUACACGCUUGUAUUAAAAAAAAUAAUCAUAAUAAUCUCCCUUUUCCUCCUUUUUGAUCGUAUUUGCAUGUGCCCUGUCCUUUUUUUCCGUAGAAAUGAUGAGAAAUUCUUGUCGUCCACUCUCUACGGUUUGUACAGACAGAUGGACACCCCCUUUUGCAGUGCUGCCUCUGUGAUGCAUUCGAUGGCUGUCGGACAUUUACAGGCAUUGUUUGACCGGUAUCCCACUUUUCCAUCUUGCAUGCUAAGAUGUAAAAUGGUCAGUGAAUUGAGUCGUCAGAUUAAUUUUUUUUUUUCUCUGGGUGUAGUGUCUGUCCACCUUUUCUACAUGUUACCGCACAGGUUUUAAAGAUGAAUAUGGUCUUCUAUGUAUUGUCUUUCCACAGCAAUUCUAUAUAAAGCGGCGAUAGCUCACCGCAGGAGAACAGAAUAUGUAAUAGAAGAACACAUUUAUGGAGCUGCUUUUUUUGUGAAUUUGUUCAAAUUCCACUGUACAAAUGACUGUUAAAUGAGAAAGAAAGUCGUGUAUAUUUAUUUUAUAUCCUCUAUCGUGAUUAAAAGAACAUCUCUUUUGCCUG